AUGAAUAGAAGAAAAACAGUCGCUAAGGAGGCAAUAAUUGAUGUUGAGGAUCAAAUCAACUAGAAAGAAUUAAUGUUUGGACCUGUAAUCUAAGUAUACAGAGAUAAUCUCAAUCUAACAGAUAUAUAGGUAGAUUCCAUUACUAAUAUCAUGCAAAAUAUAGAGAUCUUUAAAACAUGGUGUCCUGAAUCUAGUACAUUAUUUGAGUUUACUCGUUUAAUUUGUUAAAAUCUAUAGUACGAAAGAAUUGAAAAAGGAAAUGCAGUGUUUCAUAUAGGUUAUAAGUCUUGCUUAUUUCAAGGUGAAUAGGGAGACAAGUUUUACAUUAUCCUCACUGGCAGAGCAGGUGUGUAUAUUCGUAGACAGCAAUAGUAAAUAGAAGCUGAAGAAGGUGCUAUGUUACCAAAAAUUGAAAAAAUUCUUGAAAGAAUGCAAAUUAAAACAAUUGAAGAAAUUGAUUAAGAUCAAAAAUUGUCCUUUUAUGAAAAGCUAAUAAAAAAAUAAUCAAAACCAGUAAAACAAAUAGAAGCAGAAUUAUUAUUAUUACAUGUAGGUAAUUUCGAUAUGUAUUUUACUAUUAAUGGAAUAUGUAAAUUCUAGUAAUUGUCACAAGUGCAUUCUGGUCUCUAUUUUGGAGACAUGGCUUUGACAACUGAUAAGCCUAGGGCAGCUAGCAUAAUUGCUGUAUCAGAUGUCUAAGCCUUAUCACUUAAUAAAGCCAAUUUUAAAAAAAUCUUUGAAAAAUAGAUUAAGACACAAUAAGAAAAAAUAGAUUAUUUUCUUAAGAUGUUUCCCACUAUGACUAAAUUCAAAAUGAGUAAACUGAUUAUGUAUUUCACUUAAUACAAAUAUCCUGUCAAUUACACCAUCUGGAAGUAAAAUGAUAUUGUCGAUGGAUUCUUUCUCUUAAAGGAUGGAGAAAUCUAGCUCUAAUAGACGGUUGAUUUUAAUCCACUUCUAAAGUCUGAUUAGAAUCAAAUUGCCUUAUCUCCAAAAAAAGAGAAAACUAAUCAGAAGGAACUCGUUACUAUAGCUCAUCUUACAGGAGGAUGCUUCGUUGGGGAAACUGACAUCUAUUUGUAGAAUGAAAAAAGAGAUUACACUGUGAAAACAUUGACUCAAUGCAAUGUAUUUACAUUACAAUUGGAUAAUUUUGCUAUUGUCAAGAAAUCCUUUCCAGAAUUCAUUUUACCUCUCUAAACUCUACAACAAAAAAACAUUGCGUUGUAUAGAAAAAGAUUAGAUGAAAUUGUGUAAACAAAGGUUGCUAAUAUCAAUCUACACAAAAAAGAGGAAAUCAAAAAUAUUGAAAGGAGAUACAUCAACGAAAUAGAAAUUAAAUUGCAUUCGUAGAAUUCAUACUAAGAAUAAUCCUCCCCUAUUCUGAGAUCAACCUUGUAGCCUAAAAUGACCAAAUAAUAAAUGGUUGAAUAGAAUUUGUCUAUCGCUGAUUAACAUACAAAAUCUGACAUAGCAGCUGGUAAAAAUGAGGAAUUUAACAUGCUCAAAAUGGCUGGAGAAAACUUCUAAAAGUGUUUGCUUAUCAGAGUAGAAAAAUAAUUCGAAUAAUUUUAACCAGCAAAACCUAAAGCUAAAACACCUUACUUUAGUAAACACCAAAAGGAUAUUAAAGAUCUAUUCGAAUAAAUUAGAAGACAUCAAUUACCUUUGGUUUAAUAAAAAGAACCAAUCGUAUUUAAUCAAUAACAAGAAGAUGAUUUACAAAAUAAUCUGCCGUUCCUAACCAUGACCAAAUAAUAACUAAGAAUAAUUAAUCCUUUAAUUUAAUAAAAGGUUGAAAUACUCAAAUAAUGCCUAAGUCGUUAAUCUCAUACAUCUAUUUCGAAAUCUAAAUCUUUAUGUUAAACAGCGGGUCAAUUUUAUAAAUCUAAAGCAUAACAAGGAUUUAUUCUUUGUGAUUCUCUCUUUCCAUACAAACCAGUUCAUAGUACUAAAAAUAGCAACAAUCAACACUAUAGUAAUCUUAAAGUUUUCCAAAGAAAUAAGACAACACAAUAAAGUCAAAUAUAAAAAAGAUCAUGUCAAGAUAUUACAGACACUAAUUUUUUUAGUUCUCAACCUACAGUCUAAUUCAUGUGA